AAGUCUGUCAUGCUUGAUUGUACUGUUCAUCGCAGACUGGAUGAAUGCCAGUGCAGUGGGAUUCAGCUAAUGACCAGAGGGACAGUUUAAAUGGAAAAGGAACUAAAGACGCAGUUCUCUGAAAUCACUGAAAGACCGUCAUUAACAGUAAAGAUUUAAUGUAGAUGUCUAACUUCUGUCAUGUAAUUUAACCUUUCUAAUGUGUUACUGUAUAUUGUUUAAUCUGAUCACCUGUCCUGAAACCAACAAACGGAGAGUUUUUCAUUUCUUUUAAAGCAUUUCUUAAUAGUCUGUAUCAAUGAGAUCAUAUUACAGUAAGUUUUACCGUGGAAUUUUAAUGAAUAGGUUGUGCUGUGGUGAACCUGUAUGAAUGUUUGGUUUCGGUUACUUGCUCUCUAAUGGAGUUUCAGACUGAAUAUCUCAUUGCAGAAAUGAAGGAGCAGCUCUUUCUGUUAUCUCCCUGUAUCACUGUGCUUUUCUGUAAAUCAUUAGUUGUUUUAGGCAUGAAGCCGAGAGCUGGAGGAAAACACAGACUAUUAUCACUGAUUAACUGUCAGGAAAUAAGAACAAAGUGCUUCAUAAAUCACCUUUGUCAUGACUCGCAGUAGUACCGGUGGUCACACUACACAAGAAUUUACUGCUUAGGAACCCAGCGCUUCCAGGUCGCCGCCUCUGUUUCCUGUAAUACGAGAAACACGGUGCUGCAGUCAGCAUAAUCGUUCAUUUUGCUUGUCAUUGGAGGCCACUGCGGUGAGGGAGUUUCAUGUUUUUUUUGUGUGUGCAUAGGACAGGUGUGCAAGCAGCUACAAUGUACUUCAGUCUUUACUAUCUUUUGGUGUGUGAGACAGAAGCACAGGCAGAGAUGGCAUGUGAGUUAAGGCAUUGGUAUGCGUGCACUGCCCAAACACCCAGAAAUACUGCAGAAAAAAGAGUCACUUCCUAUGAAUUCUGAACAAGAGUUUGCUUGUUUGACCAUGUCUGCACUGGGGCCAGCACCAUUACCAGAAAGGAAAAAGUGGGCGAAGGUCUGCUCUACACCCUACAAGAGUGAAAAUGGACAGUGUCGAAAUGACACAGAGUACAAUCACAAUGGCCUGUGCUGUACAAAGUGUCGCCCUGGCUAUCGAGGGGACACACGUUGCACUGAAACUACCGAUACUGUGUGUACACCAUGUCCUCCGGAUCAGUAUCGAGAGAACUUUAACUUCUAUCCAAACUGUAAUAGCUGUCAAAAAUGCAAAGAAGAAAAAGGUUUACAGUAUGCACAGAACUGCUCCUCUACAACACCGUCCAAGUGUAUUUGCAGACCUGGGAGGUUCUGCCGCUUGGGAUAUGACAAUCCAUACUGCUCAGACUGCAAAAAAUACAAACAAUGCAAACCUGGCUUGGGAGUGUAUGUAAAAGGCACACCAAAUUCAGAUGUGAAGUGUAAAAUAUGUCCCGAAGGCACGUUCUCUGACAAGACCUCCUCCACUGACCCCUGCCAGCCCCACACAGACUGCAAUGGGAGGGCUGUUCUUAGAGAAGGCAAUACUGAAUCAGACAAUGUGUGUGAACCGUACUCAAAUUUGACAACAGCUGACAAUCACAAGAAGAGUGUCGGUACAACUCCCAGCACAAGCACGACCACAGUUGCACCAAGCUCAGGCUCGACAUCUCUGCUAAGAAGCACCACACAGUCUGCCUCAGUUUCAGAAGAACCCUCCACCUAUUUAAUAACAAGCCGACUGACCCCACCGCCUGACAGCAGUUAUGUUGGAUUAAUUGCUUCUGUCACUGGAUUACUUGUCAUCACCAUCAUCCUUUUUCUGCUAUGUUAUUAUCAAAAAAUCUGCAAGAAAGACACUGCAAGUUUAUCUCCUAAGGUGGAUGCAAACGGAAACUGUGAGACUGCUGACGAAAAAUACAGUGGGAAAACUCAGCUGACUUUAUUCAAAGUUGCAUCACAAGAAAAUGAGUGCCUGCUAGAAAAAGGGGAAGCCAGCAGUGAUCACAGUCAAUGCACAACCAAUACCGAAACUUUAACUAGAACUGAUGGUUGCAGCAGCCAGGAAUCCAUCAGCCCUUUACAUUCCACUUUUGCGCUUGACAAUCCAUUGUCUGUUCUGUCCGAGCCCAAGAGUUUACACUCCAACAAAGACUUUGCUGCACCACAGCCCAGUAUCCAAACACAGACGUCCUCUCAGCCCAGCAGCCCUCAGAUCAUCACGCCCAUGACUACCAGCCCACACGUCAACGUUAACAUCACUUUGCACAUAGGAAACGGGUCCUGUGGGACACCAGCUUUCAUACCUGCGGACUUGAUAAAACCUGACUGUAAGCUCCCCUAUGGAGAGGAAGAGGAGUCCUUUAGCACCCCACAGCAAGAAGAUGGCAAACAGUCACUAAUGUCAGUGCCGGAGAGUUCCAAUUACUGCACUGAGCACACAAAGCAAGACUCAUAUGCAUGAAAGACUGAUGUUAAGGUACACAACUAUUUCCACUUUGAAGGCAGAAACUGUUACUUAUUGUUUAUAUUUGUAUAUAUAUGUAUAUAUAAAUAUAUAUAAGCCGUGCUGGAAAUAAAAAUGUAAAUAUGGAGAGAGGUGUAGUCUACAGUCAUCAUAAUAUAUUACAUCUAUAUCCAAUCUUUGUUGUAAAAUGCAUAUCUUGUGUGUACAGUUUUGCUGAAAGAAUCAUUUUCUUUUGUUAAGAUACCACACAUCACUGUAUAUUGUGUAUUACAUGUAAGGUAACCUCAAAAAUGUGUUUG